AUGGGCGGUGUUUUCAAAUUAAUUAUCCUACGUCAUGGAGAAUCACAAUGGAAUCAUGAAAAUAAAUUUUGUGGAUGGAUAGAUAUUCCCUUAAGCGAGAAGGGAAAACAAGAGGCACGAUAUGCAGGCGAACUUAUACAACGGGCCGGAUUAUCUCCCGAUAUACUAUAUACCUCGAAACUUCAAAGAUCGAUUGAGACUGGGUUUAUUAUAUUAAAAGUAUUAAAUAGAUCAUGGCUCGAUCAUAUCAAGACAUGGAGAUUAAACGAACGUCAUUAUGGAAAAUUGCAGGGUCGCGAUAAACAUCAAGUGUUUAUGGAGUUGGGGCAGAACAAGGAGAAAUUCCAAUAUAUUAGAAGAAACUUUAGAGGAUUACCUCCAUUGGUAGAUUUCAAAGAUCCUUCCAUUGACGAAAAGUACCUCGAUAUUUUGAAUAAGCAAAUUUUACCAAAAGGAGAAAGUUUGGCAAUGGUCAUGGAUAGACUAAUACCGUUUUUCAAAUACGAGAUUUUGGAUAAUCAAAUGAUACAAUUGAAUAAAACGGUGUUGAUUGUGACGCAUGGCAGUGUUGUGCGAAGCUUGAUCAAAUACUUGAAUAAAGUCAGUGAUGAUGAUAUUAGCAAGAUCAAUGUACCUACUGGUGUACCAUUAGUGUUUGAGAUGGAUGACCAUGGAGAUUUGAUCAAGCCUUACUAUUAUUUGGAUAAGGAAAAGGCAGAAGAGGGAAUUGAAAAGGUAAAGAAUGAGGGAUUAGCAAAGGGUCCACUAUAA